AUGCCACCCAUGCCAGCGUCCCGCGGGGGCCCUGGCGGUGGAAAGAAGGGCACCGGCAAAGUCUCUGGAGGAAAGGUUCUCCCGGGACAAGGUGCGAAGCGCCACCGGAAAAUCAUGAAGGACACAAUUCGCGGCAUUACCAAGCCCGCUAUUCGUCGUCUCGCUCGCCGUGGUGGUGUCAAGCGUAUCUCGGCUAUGAUAUACGAUGAUGCGCGCAGCGCUUUGAAGGAUCGACUGACGGGUAUCAUCCGCGAUUGCAUUACGUACGUGGAGUACCGCGGAGCUAAGACGAUCACUAUCUAUGAUGUCAUUCAUUCCCUCCGCCGCCUUGGAGCGCCAAUCUACGGUUUCGACCCCGAGACCUAUGAUCCUAGAAAGCGCAAGGGCUCCGGCCAGUAA